AAAAAAACACUGUCCAGGUAUAGAAAAAUGAGCAACAAAAACUACUCCUGGUAUUUAACCAAAUGCGCAAAAGCAGCAGCUGCUGUAUUCUUUUCGUCUGAAGGUGCGAUAAAGCAGCGAGGGGGUCCUUAUAUGUGACCAAGCUCCUUUCACUCACCUCUGUUUAGCUGAUGCAAAUGCCCUCGUCCUCUUCCUCUAUUCACUCCCUCAUCUAUGCUUGUUCGAAACUCAAUAACUUCAAGCAAGUCCUGAGUUUGUUUUCACAACUGCUAUAUCAAGGGCAUGUCCCCGAUGCCUUUCUCCUCCCCACAGUCGUCAAGGCAUGCACUGCUCUAUCCAACAUCAAAGCUGGACGACAGGUUCAUGCCAUUGCGUCCGUAUCCGGGUCAGAUUCAGAUCCAUUUGUUCAGUCAUCCUUGGUUCAUAUGUAUGUCAAAUGCAGUCAAUUAAAGGAUGCCCGCAAACUACUCGAUGCAAUGUCUGAACCAGAUGUGGUUUCUUGGAGUGCUUUAGUCGCAGGGUAUGCUCGACUUGGACAUGUAAGCGAGGCAAAUGAGGUCUUUGAGGACAUGGAGAAUAAAAGGAUCGAACCAAACAUAGUUUGUUGUAAUGGGUUGAUCGCGGGAUUCAAUCAAAGUGGGUAUUACUCAGAAUCAGUGUCGAUGUUUCGAAAGAUGCAUUCACGUGGUUUAAAGCAUAAUGGGACUGGUAUAUCAAGUGUUCUUCCUGCAGUGGGGGACUUGGAGGAUUUGAUUUUGGGUAAUCAAAUUCAUGGGUAUGUGAUCAAGAUGGGAACUGUAUCGGACAAAUGCAUUGUUAGUGCCCUUAUAGAUAUGUAUGGGAAGUGUGGGUGUAGUUCGCAAAUGUCACAAGUAUUUGAUGAAAUGGAUGCAUUGGAUGUGGGCGCUUGCAGUGCACUGGUUAGCGGGCUUUCGAGAAACGGCCUUGUGGAUGAGGCAUUGAUGGUAUUUAGGCAAUUCAAGGACAAAGGGGUGGACUUGAACGUCGUAUCUUGGACGUCAGUGAUCGCUGCUUGUUCUCAAAAUGGCAAAGACAUGGAGGCUUUGGACCUAUUCAGAGAGAUGCAGAUUGCUGGAGUGAAGCCAAACUCGAUAACAAUCCCUUGCCUUUUACCAGCUUUUGGAAACACUGCAACAUUGAUACAUGGGAAGGCUGCUCAUGGUUUCUCUAUCAGGAGUGGGAUCUCUGAUGAUGUAUACGUGGGCAGCGCAUUAGUUGACAUGUAUGCUAAAUGUGGAAGGAUCAAAAUAUCUCGUCUUUGUUUUGACAGGAUGCCUACUAAAAAUUUGGUUAGUUGGAAUGCAAUAUUGGGCGGGUAUGCGAUGCAUGGAAAAGCUGAGGAAGCUAUUGAGAUCUUUCAUUUGCUGCAUAGGAGCGGGCAGAAGCCCGACUUGGUUAGUUUCACUGGUAUAUUAUCUGCUUGUAGCCAAAGUGGCUUAACAGAAGAAGGGCAGUGCUACUUCAACGGCAUGUCCAAAGAGCAUGGAAUUGAACCUGGGGUGGAACAUUAUACUUGUAUGGUGAGCCUUCUAGGUCGUGCUGGGAAGCUAGAAGAGGCUUAUUCUAUGAUCAAGAAAAUGCCAUUUGAGCCCGAUGGUUGUGUUUGGGGAGCUUUACUGAAUUUUUGUAGGGUUCACAAUAACAUGACAUUGGGUGAGAUUGCCGCCAAACAAUUGUUCAAAUUAGAGCCUACAAAUCCUGGGAACUACAUUCUUCUGUCCAACAUAUAUGCUUCUAAAGGCAAAUGGCGUGAAGUUAAUGGAGUGAGGGAUAUGAUGAGUAAGAUAGGUUUGAGAAAGGACCCAGGUUGCAGUUGGAUUGACGUCAAACCCAAAGCACACAUGCUUUUAUCUCAAAGACACUUUACAUCUCAUAUGACCUGCCCGCAUGAGUAGAAUGAAACAAAAUUCCAUCGAUUGUAACAUUACGUUGCAGUCAGUGAUUGCCCUGGUCGGUGUGUAGUCUCCUUUGGUGAAGCAACCCUUCAGAUGCUCACCCUGUCCAUGUUGUGACAUUGAGUUUCUCAACCUUAUGAUUCGUCAUCUCAGUCUCUCAAUGGAGGUAGAGAAGGGAUAGGAAUGUACAUAACUCAACAGUAGAGUGUCACCUUGACACCCAGUGAUGAUGAAAAUCAUCGGUUCAAGCUGAUUAUCCUCAAAAUGUGGAUAAACUAAAGUCUGCACAAUAAAUGAAAGAGAAACGCUUCUGUUUAUGUUCCUUGUCGAUAAGAAAAUCCCAAGGCCAAGCUGGUAAAGAAAAUAAAGUAUAAAAAAUGUCUUGACUUUCAUGCA